AACGAACGUUGUGCAGUUGGCAAAACACUGCUCGAUUUACCAGGAAAAGCCACACGCGUGAUAUGACACGUACGAGAUUUCCUGGCCUACUUCCAGAAGGCUUGAUGUUAAUUGGUGGUGGAGGUCAAAGGCUGUAGGUGAUUGUUUUCCCUUACCCCCGUGCUUUUCCCGUGGUAUCAACACUGAUCUCAGUUUAGUAGAGAUCAGUGGGUAUCAAUCACCGACAGCGGUGAGAAAAAAAAAUUGUGCGACCUUGCAUGCCAUGCGGUCUGCUUACCCGGUGGACCAGCAUCACAGGCGUUAGGCAGGAAGGAAGACGCCUGGUAUUGUUUAUUCUGGAUGAAAGUUUAUGGCAAAGCAGGAACUUCGUUGACGUGUAAGUCGGGUGAGUUCAGUGGCAACUCGACUGUCAAACUGGGUGAUGUGGUGCUGCGCACAACUAGUGCUAGAUUGGAAACCGAUCAAUUCUUGAAAGGCAACAGCUCUGUUACUGUCUUGGACUACGUUGGGACACUAUCAGUAUGAAGCUCGACGACAUCAUUCCUCUGCUUGGCAACUUCGGUCGCUACCAGUUCUUCAUGGUCUGCUACAUGGGCUCGGUCAGCAUCGUCCUCUGCCUGACCAUCCUCGGCAACGUCUUCUACGCCGCCGGCACCGGCCACUGGUGCUCGGUCCUGCCCGAGGAGAACUGCUCCGGCUGGACGGAGUUCCGGGACAACUGCACCGAGGUGAAGAGGUCCCUUUUCUCGCCUCUGGAGGGUAACGACAGCACUCGUCCCUACUCCAGCUGCAAGCAGUGGGAGUUGCCGGAUGGGUACGUGUUUGACCCGGACGUGCCGCUCGAUGACGCCGACAAUGAAACUCUCGAGGAAGUGCCCUGCGAAGAUGGAUGGGAGUACGAUAGAUCACAGUACAGGUCAACGACCGUUACGGACUUCAACUUGGUGUGUGAUGAUAUAAAUUUGCCCGGCCUGGCGCAGUCCAUCUAUUUUGCGGGAUUUCUGGUAGGAUCCCUCGUGAUGGGCACAGUGUCGGACUGGUGUGGUCGAAAGAGAUCUCUACUUCUUGGGCUCCUGUUCUGGUUCGUUGGUUUCAUCGUCACGUCGUUUUCAGUCAACAUCUACAUGUACACAGCAUUUCGGUUCCUGGCAGGCUUCGGGGGUAUAGGAGCAUACAUCUCCACUUAUGUAUUGCUUCUUGAAGUCGUUGGGCAGGCCUGGCGUAACGCCGUCACCAUGAUAGCCGGGAUUUUCUUUGCAGUGGGCUACUUCAUUCUCGCGACCGCAGCCAUGUUCGUGAGGGACUGGCGGACUCUGUCCCUGGUUCUUUCAGUGCCGUCGGUUGUUUUGCUCUUUCCUGUAAUAUUUGUUCAGGAGUCAAUCAGAUGGCUGGUUUCUAAGGGCCGGAUCGAUGAGGCCGAAACUGUUCUGAGGAGAGUGGCCAAGUUCAACAUGAAGACGUUGCCUGACGUCCUGUUUGAUCAAGCGGACGCACAGGAGCAGAUGGAAUCGCAAAAGUCGAAAAUACCUCCAUCAGCCAUUGACCUAUACAGAUCACCUAACAUGUUACUCAAGACACUCAACUUGCAGUUCAACUGGAUGGUCAACAACCUGGUGUACUACGGCCUGUCGCAGAGCACUGGUGAGCUUGGAGUGAACAUCUACUGGGCUUUCUUCGUGUCUGGCGCCGUCGAGAUCCCGGCCCUGUUCUAUGCAGUCUUCGGCGUGGAGUGGUUCGGUCGGAAAUGGAACACCGCGGUGCUGGAGUUGAUCGGUGGAAUCGCUUGCUUGGCAACCAUCUUCAUACCCACUGGGAUCUGGAGGACUGUCGUAUCAAUGGUCGGCAAGUUCUGUAUCUCUGUCACUUUCAGUCUCAUCUACCUGUACUCCAUCGAGGUCUUUCCAACACCAGUCAGGGCCGUCGGCGUGGGUGUCUGUUCCAUUGCUUCCCGCAUCGGAGCCAUUCUCUCCCCAGUCAUCCUGCUGUCGAAACACGCCGCCGCCGACCUUCCUUUGAUCCUGUUCGGCUCCAGCGCCGUUAUUGCGGGACUUCUGGUAUUCUUCCUGCCGGAGACGAAAGGCCGUAAACUGCCACAGACGCUGAAGGAGGGAGAGGAAAUCGGCAAAUGCCGAUGUCUGCGCAGGGGAGCCGAUGACCAGUCGGCCAUUGACCUCUACGAGACCAAUGUGAACAAAGACAGUGCCGCCAUACUGACAGACCUGGCCUCCAAUUAAACGAGACGAGGGGAGAAUCGCCAGGAAACGCUUUGAACCGACUCUGUAUAGCUACUCCGUGAACAGAGAAAUAUUCUUUGGCGUACGUGGGGCUUGAACUUUCCGCGAUGCGCUCUGCACGUCUUCAAUCUUGAGCCUCUCGAACUGUGACUGCAUCCGACUCUUGGGUCCGGAGCCGGACCCAGGUCUUCUCCUGUUGGAAAUGCCCGUAGCACGUUGAAUGUAGACUGAGCCGCAGCUCUGGCAGCUCAUUUCUGGCUGAUGCUGUUUGAAGUAACACCUGAGCCUAUGUAACCCACUGGUUAUCCGUUUCAAAAGUUUGGCGCCACUUCAGCUGAAACCACGCCCUCUGCCCAUAGACGGAGGUGAACGCGCAACCUGAGCGUUCAUCCAAUGGACGCUUGUAACCAGUGUCACGUGCGCGUGUAAUGAUGAGAUCACUUACGAACCAGAUAACCACCCACCGAAGCCGGCCACCCUCGCUAGAGUCGUGUGUUACUCUUCGCCCCUUUCCUAGCGCAUGCGACCUGGACACGGCCGAAGUAACAAAUUGCUUAGAUUAUAAUAUGGAAACUGUUAGACUGUUUGUUUUAUUGGGGGAUUUGGGCGGGGGGGGGGGUUGCCAAGAGAUGAAGGAAUGUGAUACUGAUAUUUGCUUGGCGCCAAAAAUCAACUUCCGUGCUUACCUUGAUUUCAGUAUUCAAAAGUUUAUGUUUUUGGUUUUGUGUUUGUUAUUUUUUAUGUGCCGUUAAGAUUUCAUGUGUAUUAGUGUGUUAAAACAAGCUUAAUUUGUUAUUGUAUUAAAGUUCUCAUCUUACACAUUUUGUA